GCCCCUCCCACGGGGGCCGCGUCUGGCGUCUGCGGAGCCCCCCGCCCCGCACCUCCCCCGCCCCGCACUGGCCAUUGGCUUGUCCUGGUCUCUUUUUCAUGUCCAGCCCCUGAUGUGUGUCCAUUGGUGUGAGCUUCCCCUUCCCUCCUCCCCUUCUCUCCUGCUCGCCCUGCCCAUGUUUUGUGUGUCUCUGUCCAUCCAGACUCCUGACGUUCAAGUUCGCAGGGACGUCACGUCCGCACUUGAACUUGCAGCUCAGGGGGGCUUUUGCCAUUUUUUUCAUCUCUCUCUCUUUCUCUCUCUCUCCCCCUCUAUCUCUCCUCUCUCUCUCUCUCUCUUUUUUUUUUUUUUUGCUUAAAAAAAAAAGCCAUGACGGCUCUCCCACAAUUCAUCUUCCCUGCGCCAUCUUUGUAUUAUUUCUAAUUUAUUUUGGAUGUCAAAAGGCACUGAUGAAGAUAUUUUCUCUGGAGUCUCCUUCUUUCUAACCCGGCUCUCCCGAUGUGAACCGAGCCGUCGUCCGCCCGCCGCCGCCGCCGCCGCCGCCGCCGCCCGCCCCGCAGUCCACCAUGUCUCGCCGCAAGCAAGGCAAACCCCAGCACUUAAGCAAACGGGAAUUCUCGCCCGAACCUCUUGAAGCCAUUCUUACAGAUGAUGAACCAGACCACGGCCCUUUGGGAGCUCCAGAAGGGGACCAUGACCUCCUCACGUGUGGGCAGUGCCAGAUGAACUUCCCAUUGGGGGACAUUCUUAUUUUUAUCGAGCACAAACGGAAACAAUGCAAUGGCAGCCUCUGCUUAGAAAAAGCUGUGGAUAAGCCACCUUCCCCUUCACCAAUCGAGAUGAAAAAAGCAUCCAAUCCCGUGGAGGUUGGCAUCCAGGUCACGCCAGAGGAUGACGAUUGUUUAUCAACGUCAUCUAGAGGAAUUUGCCCCAAACAGGAACACAUAGCAGGUAAAGAUGAGCCCAGCAGCUACACAUGUACAACUUGCAAACAGCCAUUCACCAGUGCAUGGUUUCUCUUGCAACACGCACAGAACACUCAUGGAUUAAGAAUCUACUUAGAAAGCGAACACGGAAGUCCCCUGACCCCGCGGGUUGGUAUCCCUUCAGGACUAGGUGCAGAAUGUCCUUCCCAGCCACCUCUCCAUGGGAUUCAUAUUGCAGACAAUAACCCCUUUAACCUGCUAAGAAUACCAGGAUCAGUAUCCAGAGAGGCUUCCGGCCUGGCAGAAGGGCGCUUUCCACCCACUCCCCCCCUGUUUAGUCCACCACCAAGACAUCACUUGGACCCCCACCGCAUAGAGCGCCUGGGGGCGGAAGAGAUGGCCCUGGCCACCCAUCACCCGAGUGCCUUUGACAGGGUGCUGCGGUUGAAUCCAAUGGCUAUGGAGCCUCCCGCCAUGGAUUUCUCUAGGAGACUUAGAGAGCUGGCAGGGAACACGUCUAGCCCACCGCUGUCCCCAGGCCGGCCCAGCCCUAUGCAAAGGUUACUGCAACCAUUCCAGCCAGGUAGCAAGCCGCCCUUCCUGGCGACGCCCCCACUCCCUCCUCUGCAAUCCGCCCCUCCUCCCUCCCAGCCCCCGGUCAAGUCCAAGUCAUGCGAGUUCUGCGGCAAGACGUUCAAAUUUCAGAGCAACCUGGUGGUGCAUCGGCGCAGCCACACGGGCGAGAAGCCCUACAAGUGCAACCUGUGCGACCACGCGUGCACACAGGCCAGCAAGCUGAAGCGCCACAUGAAGACGCACAUGCACAAGUCGUCCCCCAUGACGGUCAAGUCCGACGACGGCCUCUCCACCGCCAGCUCCCCGGAACCCGGCACCAGCGACCUGGUGGGCAGCGCCAGCAGCGCGCUCAAGUCCGUGGUGGCCAAGUUCAAGAGCGAGAACGACCCCAACUUGAUCCCGGAGAAUGGGGACGAGGAGGAAGAGGAGGACGACGAGGAAGAGGAAGAAGAGGAGGAAGAGGAGGAGGAGGAGCUGACGGAGAGCGAGAGGGUGGACUACGGCUUCGGGCUGAGCCUGGAGGCGGCGCGCCACCACGAGAACAGCUCGCGGGGCGCGGUGGUGGGCGUGGGCGACGAGGGCCGUGCCCUGCCCGACGUCAUGCAGGGCAUGGUGCUCAGCUCCAUGCAGCACUUCAGCGAGGCCUUCCACCAGGUCCUGGGCGAGAAGCAUAAGCGCGGCCACCUGGCCGAGGCCGAGGGCCACAGGGACACAUGCGACGAAGACUCGGUGGCCGGCGAGUCGGACCGCAUAGACGAUGGCACUGUUAACGGCCGCGGCUGCUCCCCGGGCGAGUCGGCCUCGGGGGGCCUGUCCAAAAAGCUGCUGCUGGGCAGCCCCAGCUCGCUGAGCCCCUUCUCCAAGCGCAUCAAGCUCGAGAAGGAGUUCGACCUGCCCCCGGCCGCGAUGCCCAACACGGAGAAUGUGUACUCGCAGUGGCUCGCCGGCUACGCGGCCUCCAGGCAGCUCAAAGAUCCCUUCCUUAGCUUCGGAGACUCCAGACAAUCGCCUUUCGCCUCCUCGUCGGAGCACUCCUCGGAGAACGGAAGCUUGCGCUUCUCCACGCCGCCCGGGGAGCUGGACGGAGGGAUCUCGGGGCGCAGCGGCACGGGAAGUGGAGGGAGCACGCCCCAUAUUAGUGGUCCGGGCCCGGGCAGGCCCAGCUCAAAAGAGGGCAGACGCAGCGACACUUGUGAGUACUGUGGGAAAGUCUUCAAGAACUGUAGCAAUCUCACUGUCCACAGGAGAAGCCACACGGGCGAAAGGCCUUAUAAAUGCGAGCUGUGCAACUAUGCCUGUGCCCAGAGUAGCAAGCUCACCAGGCACAUGAAAACGCAUGGCCAGGUGGGGAAGGACGUUUACAAAUGUGAAAUUUGUAAGAUGCCUUUUAGCGUGUACAGUACCCUGGAGAAACACAUGAAAAAAUGGCACAGUGAUCGAGUGUUGAAUAAUGAUAUAAAAACUGAAUAGAGGUAUAUUAAUACCCCUCCCUCACUCCCACCUGCCACCUCCUUUUUUCAUCACCCUCCCCUUUCCCCAUCGCCCUCCAGCCCCACACCCUGUAGGAUUUUUUUCUAGUCCCAUGUGAUUUAAACAUACAAACAAACAAACAGAAGUAACGGAAGCUAAGAAUAUGAGAGUGCUUGUCACCAGCACACCUGUUUUGUUUUGUUUUUUUUUUCUUUUUCUUUUUUUCCUUUAUGUUCUCACCGUUUGAAUGCAUGAUCUGUAUGGGGCAAUACUAUUGCAUUUUACGCAAACUUUGAGCCUUUCUCUUGUGCAAUAAUUUACAUGUUGUGUAUGUUUUUUUUUUUUUUUUAAACUUAGACAGCAUGUAUGGUAUGUUAUGGCUAUUUUAAAUUGUCCCCGAUUCGUUGCUGAGAAAACAUGUUGCUGUUUCCAGUUCCGUUCUGAGAGAAAAAGAGAGAGAGAGAGAAAAAGACCAUGCUGCAUACAUUCUGUAAUACAUAUCAUGUACAGUUUUCUUUUAUAACAUGAGGAGGGAAAACAGUCUUUGGAUUAACCCUCUAUAGACAGAAUAGAUGGCACUGAAAGCAGAUCUCUACAAGCUAAAUGUCUGUCUCUAAAGGGUUAAAUAUAUCAAUUGGAGAUGAAGGAAAGGCCUUGAAUUGACAAAUUAACAGAAAAAUAAAACAAGUUUAUUCUAUCAUUUGGUUUUAAAAUAUGAGUGCCUUGGAUCUAUUAAAACCACAUUGAUGGUUCUUUCUACUUGUUAUAAACUUGUAGCUUAAUUCAGCAUUGGGUGAGGUAAUAAACCUUAGGACCUAGAGUAUAAUUCUAUAUUGUAUUUCUCACAACAAUGGCUACCUAAGAAUAUGACCCAUUAUGUCCUAGUUAAUCAUCAUUUUUCCCUUUCGUUUAAUCUUAUAAGCAAAACUGAUUAUACCAGUAUAAAAGCUAUUUUGCUCCUGAUGAGAGCUUAAAAGAAAUGGGCUCUUUUGCCCAAAGUUUUAUUUUUUUUAAAUGAUGAUUAAAUUGAACGUGCAACGUGCAAAAGCUCUGGAACACGAUGAAAUACAUUAGUAAGGGAUUCAUUUUAUGAAGAUAACUUGUUUUAAAUAAUGUCUUUUGAAAAAAAUUCUGGCACCAGAAGAAAUAGAUCCAGAUCUACUUGGUUGUCAAAUGGACAAUCAAACGAUAAACUUUAAGACCUCGAAUAGCAUGUUAAAAAGAAGAGACUGACAAUAAGGUUUGACAGAGGGUAACAGAGGAAAAAAAAAUGUGAUUUAUUAGCACAAUGUGGUACUAUUUGCCAUUUUAAACUAGAACAGGUGUAUAAGCUAAUAUUGAUACAAUGAUGAUUAACUAUGAAUUCUUAAGACUUGCGUUUAAAUGUGACAUUCUUAAAAAAGAAGAGAAAGAAUUUUAAGAGUAGCAGUAUAUAUGUCUGUGCUCCCUAAAAUUUGUACUUCAUUUCUUUUCCAUACACUGUGUGCUAUUUGUGUUAACAUGAAAGAGGAUUCAUUGUUUUUAUUUUAUUUUUUUAAUUUUUUCUUUUUUAUUAAGCUAGCAUCUGCCCCAGUUGGUGUUCAAAUAGCACUUGACUCUGCCUGUAAUAUCUGUAUCUUUUCUCUAAUCAGAGAUACAGAGGUUGAGUAUAAAAUAAACCUGCUCAGAUAGGACAAUUAAGUGCACUGUACAAUUUUCCCAGUUUACAGGUCUAUACUUAAGGGAAAAGUUGCAAGAAUGCUGAAAAAAAUAAUUUGAACACAAUCUCAUUGAUGAGCAUUAAAAAAAAAAAAACUAAAAAAAAAAACUUUGCCCGCCAUUUACUUGACUAAUGAGCUUACUUACUCGGACUCAACAUUGCAAGCGCUGUGAAUGGAAAACAGAAUACACUUAACAUAGAAAUGAAUGAUUGCUUUCGCUUCUACAGUGCAAGGAUUUUUUUGUACAAAACUUUUUUAAAUAUAAAUGUUAAGAAAAAAGAAUUUUUUAAAAAAACACUUCAUUAUGUUUAGGGGGGAACUGCAUUUUAGGGUUCCAUUGUCUUGGUGGUGUUACAAGACUUGUUAUCCAUUUAAAAAUGGUAGUGGAAAUUCUAUGCCUUGGAUACACACCGCUCUUCAGGUUGUAAAAAAAAAAAACAUACAUUGGGGAAAGGUUUAAGAUUAUAUAGUACUUAAAUAUAGGAAAAUGCACACUCAUGUUGAUUCCUAUGCUAAAACACAUUUAUGGUCUUUUUUCUGUAUUUCUAGAAUGGUAUUUGAAUUAAAUGUUCAUCUAGUGUUAGGCACUAUAGUAUUUAUAUUGAAGCUUGUAUUUUUAACUGUUGCUUGUUCUCUUAAAAGGUAUCAAUGUACCUUUUUUGGUAGUGGAAAAAAAAAAGACAGGCUGCCACAGUAUAUUUUUUUAAUUUGGCAGGAUAAUAUAGUGCAAAUUAUUUGUAUGCUUCAAAAAAAAAAAAGAGAAAAAAGUGUGACAUUGUACAGAUGAGAAGCCAUAUAAUGGCGGUUUGGGGGAGC